AUGAACUCAGAUCUUCUUCCUGAUACCAUGGCCGACUUACAGGAGAUAUUGACCACAGUCAGAGAUAUUUACCAAAACGUCAGCCAAGUACACGGCCUUAUCAAGGAUCAUGAGCAAGACCUAGUCAUUGUCGAGAAAGCUGGCUCUCUUUUGGAAGACACGAAAACCAAUCUCCAGUAUCUCAACGACUGCAUUCAGAAGUAUGGUAACGAGGUUCAUCGUACAGAUCAGACUACUGAUUCUAUGUAUAGCAGAGUUUCAGGAUCUCCCCACGCAUCACCCUACGGUACAGACAGCCGCACCGCUACGCAGCCUUUUGCAAAGCUUGGAGAAGAUGAGAUGAAGCGUCAGGUCGAAAACACUAUGAGGCACAUGAUGACGGAGAUGUUCGAGUUGCUGGAAAGGAAGGGCAGCUCUUGUUCCGCCGACAGCGGUGUGGGCAGUGCUCAGAACACCAAGCACUCGCCCUCAGUGGACGAUUCUGCUGACUUUGACAUUCUCUAA